CAUAGCAAUGGAAGGGAGCCACUGGGAGAACUUAAUGAUCAAAUUUCAGGCGCAUGCCCGUGGUUACUUGAUGAGAGAGGAAGUCAGUCGUGCACGGAAAGAUUUUGAGGACAUCGUGAAAGAGAUCGAUGGAGACCUGACCCAUUUACAAUGGAGGGAGACUAUCGUUGCCCUCCCGUACUUCACAGACACUGAUGGCGCGUUUUUUGGACCCUCAGUAAACAGCUCUGCCAGAAAGACAUUGAAACCAGCAGUAGACAUCAGUGUCUGUCAGCCACCUGCACCCCUCUCAGAGGAGGGACUAUUCGACAGUUGUCUCCCUCCUGUGAAUCUAAAGGCAGAGAGAGAUUGUUCACACAGGCAAGGGCAGGCCUUCUUCUCUGGGGUCUGUUACAGGAGCAGUCCAGCUUCAGAGGAGGAAGGGGGGCAGAGAGACAGCUGUUGGGGGAGCCAGAUGGAGGAUGGAGGUUUGGUGAUGGAGAGCACAGAGGACACUACCACUGUCUGGAACAGUCUGGGGCUGGACUUGAGCCCCACUCACGCUCAGGGAGGUCCCCAGCACCACUGUUUGGCUCGGGGGGUGCCCUGUACCCGAGAAGCCCUGCGUCUCCAUAGAAAUACCCUGGCCAUGGAGCUGCUCUGGCUCCAGCAGGCCAUUGCCAGUAGGAAAAAGUACUUGUCACUGAAAGAGAGGCUGAGUAUUUCCUGACGGCUGAUGGAACUAAUGUAAUAUGAACUGGACCAAAUAAUAUGGGACUAAAGCUUGGACUGAGUUAAACCAUCUAAGUAGCACCUUUCUUUAAGCUGUUUGCAAUCUCCCUAUUAGAUAAGUGUAAAGACUAUAUACAUUAACUAUUUAUCAUGUGCUUUACUAUUGUUUUUGUUAUUUGGUGAAACUGAAAAAAAUUA